AUGUCUCAUGUAAGACGGAAACGUAUCACCGCAAUAUAUAGCACGUCGAUGAAAGAUGACAAUGCGAUGAUAGUCAAAAGCCAUUCUUCUAAGGAGUCUAAGCGGGACCCGCGUGUUGAACUAUCAGACAAUGAAUACAUUAGCAACGAUGAGAAAGAUUCGACCGAUGCCAAACCUGCGGCAGAUGAGCCUCAACUUGAACUCAACUGUAGCAGUUCGUUGAGCAGCAGCGAUGACGAUUCUUCUGUUAGUUCCAGUAUUUCAUCGUCUAGCGAGCUAGAUGCACUUUCUGAACCUGGGUUAUCCUCCCCAAAUGCCGUGCCCCUAGUAUACAAGGUACCACAUGAGAGCUCCAAGGCCAUUCAAGUUGCUCGCAGGCUUGAAAACAUUCAUGCAUCAGUACAGAAGGAUGAUGAUUACAUGCCGAAACUUUGCAUUAACAAAAGUAUGGUUUUCACAGAUAGGCAGGACCAGGUAGCAGAGUAUGAACGGCUAUUGGAGAUUAGGCUUAAAUAUAAGAAUGCAUUUAAGGUACCCCCGACAUUAUUUGCGGAUCAACUACUUUCUAAGGCUGAAAAAUACAUUCCUCUUGUUGAGGAGAUUCUGCGAGGUGAGCGGCCAUCAAUGUAUUAUGAUAAUGCAAGGAAGGCGUACCAGAAAUCUUCUAGAGCUCUGCUAAGCGUCGAAGAAUUUAGACAGCUAGAUUUAAAAACAUUCACGGCAGGCUAUUUUGGUAUCAAACGUCAGAUCCGCUUGAGUACUGAGAUAUUAAGUCAAUACCAGGAUAAGCUUUCAAAGCACCGUAAUCCUACUGUGCAAUGGUGGGGACCUACUGAUUUCUCGCACUACGUCCUAGCGCCUGAAAUUUUAUCAUACGUGUGCCGAGACGAACUGGGCCUUGCAGAUAUCGAUGAGGCUUGGACUUACAUGGAAAGUACCACGGAAUACGGGUUAAAUGUGGCGGACGAAGAGCCUCUAGAUAUUUGGGAAUUAGAAUACGAAGAGAAAAAGCUGCAACGGUUAGGAUUAGGACCCAAGUACAGCAGCAUGACUUACAGAAAGCAUCCUGCCAGGGCGUCGGCUGUAGUAGAUACAUCCAAAAAUGGUUCUAAAGAGCAUAAGCGUAAAGGAAAGCAACACAAAUUAAAAAAAGGACAGCAGUCUACAAAGAUAAGGGUAUCAAAAAAAAGGCGACGCGUACAACCACACAGCAUAUGCGAUUAA